CUUCAGGUGGGGUGCAGAUGUGAUGUGGAGGCGGAGCUUCAGGUGGGGUGCAGCCAAGUUGUGGAGGUGGAGCUUCAGGUGGGGUGCAGCCAAGUUGUGGAGGCGGAGCUUCAGGUGCAGAUGUGAUCUGGAGGCGGAGCUUCAGGGGGGGUGCCGAGAUGAUGUCAGACAGACCAGACUUAUUAACAGUUUCUCUGCAGUGAAACUGACUCAGGAUCAGAUUUAACUUCCUGCUGAAACAUCAAAGACUUCAUUCUGCUGAUCAGGCAGAACACACACACGCACACACACACUCUCACACACACACUCUCACACACACACUCACUCUCACACGGAGCUCCUCCCCCGCUGCAGGUUUUUCUUCAGAAGCUGCUGCAGUCGACAGGAAUUUGAACUGAUCCGGAUCAGACUGGGUUCUGUUCAUCAGACGAGGUUCUCCAAGGUUCUCCAGGGUUCUACAAGGUUCUCCAGGGUACUCGGUGGGUUCCUGGACAGAGGACAUGAGGAGGAGAAACAUUCAAAGCUGCUGAUCAGUGAACUCCGACGGCUGGGGGCGGGGCUAAAGGAAAUCCUACUGAGCAUGCUCAGUGGGACCACGAUGAUGAAACCAGAACUUUACCACGAAAAGUUUAUUGGUCAUUUGAUGCUCUUCAUGGUAAUAAAUCAUCUGUCAGCCAAUCAGGGCCUGAAACUCUGCUGGUCUGCAGAGAGAUGUGGAGGUUGCCAAGGAUGUCAGGUAACUGGUCCAUCAUGCAAAUGUCAUCAUUGGCUCCACCCACUAGCUAUGUAGCCCCGCCCCCUACCAACACGUCCCAGUGGCCCCCUCCCCCAGACUGGAAGGCUCCCAGCUUCACCCGGGCCGCUCAGUUCCGCGUGGGAGCCACCUUGGUCCUCUUCCUGUUUGCCGCCGUCAGUAACCUCGCCUUAUUGGGCAGUGUUUGGUGUGGGCGUGGCCGGCGGCUGGCAUCUCACCUGCGGCCUUUGAUGUUGAGCUUGGCGUCGGCCGACCUCGUGAUGACCUUCGUGGUGAUGCCUCUGGACGCGGUGUGGAACGUGACGGUGCAGUGGUACGGAGGAGACGUCCUCUGCAAGCUGCUGUGCUUCCUGAAGCUGUUCGCCAUGCACGCCUCCGCCUUCAUCCUCGUGGUCAUCAGCCUCGACCGCCAGCACGCCAUCCUGCACCCGCUGGACGCCCUGAGUGCACACCGCAGGAACCGAGUCAUGCUGCUGCUGGCCUGGAGCCUCAGCCUGCUGCUCGCAUCACCUCAGCUCUUCAUCUUCCGGGCGAUCAGAGUCGAGGCCGUGGACUUCACUCAGUGUGCGACUCACGGCAGCUUCAGCCGCCGCUGGCAGGAAACCGUUUACAACAUGUUUCACUUCACCACGCUGUAUGUGGUCCCCCUGCUGGUGAUGAGCUGCUGCUACAGCCGCAUCCUGCUGCAUAUCCACCUGCAGCACCUGAGAGACAAAGGUGAGUCGUACCUGCGGCGCAGUGGCACCGACAUCAUCCCGAAGGCUCGGAUGAAGACUCUGAAGAUGACGGUGGUCAUCGUGCUUUCCUUCGUUGUGUGCUGGACGCCGUACUACCUGCUGGGGAUCUGGUACUGGUUCCAGCCCGACAUGCUGCGCGUCACACCUGAGUACGUGCACCACGGCCUCUUCGUGUUCGGGAACCUGAACACCUGCUGCGACCCCGUCAUCUACGGCUUCUACACGCCGUCCUUCAGGGCCGACCUCGCCGCCUGCUGCCGCAGGACGAAGAGCGACGCCUCGCUGCGAUCUCCGGACCGCCUGUCCGCCAGGCACAAGGCGGACCCUGCCACCAACAACCAGGCAGGACACUGACCAAUCAGAGGACGGGAGUUAAUUAUGUCACAGUCAGAACGUGUCAGACCUGAACUGGAUCAGCUUAAGGGGGACCAGGACUCUCAGAUGGUCUUCCUGCAGCUUAAAGAGGACAUUUUAGGGCUUUAAUAUGAUUCUGUUGGAAAGAGUUGAAUUAAAUUAGAGUAGAAAAUGUGUUUUAUUGAUUUCAUUCCUGUAUUGAUCAUCAGAGUCCUUUAAUCGAUAACGGUAGCACCAAACACCUGAAGGGGUCUGUUACGUUCCCCGACUGAAGUCUACGGGAGCAACAAUGAGUGUAGCGUUACUUAAAGGGACAAUAACCCA